AGUGGCGCUCGCGAGCCGUGAGCCCGCCCAUCUCUCUCUCUCUCCCCUCCUCCCUCUACCGCCCGGGCUCUCUCAAGCGACGAGCGCCGUGAGGUAAAUACAAGCAGCAUCUCAAAAUGGCGGCGCCACCGAGUCCCGGACGAGGCGCGGUGGUAGCGCCGCAGCCGGAGCCCUUCUCCUCGAACUUGGCGGCAGAGAGCAGGGCCUCUCCGCGCGGCUUCCUGUCAGCUGCCAAGCGCAUGAAGGGAGCAGAAGAGCGGACGCUCAAGGGGCCUAAGCGCGUUAACGGCGAGGGCGGCGGCGGUAAUAGGCAGCAGCAACAGCCGCCGCCGCCGCACAUACCAGGAGCGCCAACCCCGGUCGGUCACGGAAGCCCCGCCGUGUGGAGUUUCACGGCGUUCUCAUCGGGCGGUGGCGGCGGGAGCGCGGCGAGCAGCGGCGGGUCUUUCGUUUUCCCGCCUCAGCUGCCCCACAAGUUGCUGCUGCCGCCGCCGCCUCCGCCCUCCCACCGCUGCCUGGCCUCGGGCGCCGACGGAGGCGGCAGCAACAGCACCAGCGCCGGCGGCGGCAAGACCAAGAGGCCCAAGGAAAAGCGGGACAAGGAGAAGAGGAAACUCGGGGCCCUGCCUGGGUCGUCCAUGGUGGCGGCAGCAGGAGGCGGAGGCGGCGGCCCGAGCGCGGCUGGCCGGGAGGAGAACGGCGACGUGAAAGCGCUGCUGCUGCAACAGCAGCACCGCCACCGCCACAGCCACCGCCGGGAAGAUCAAAUCAUCAGAGACAAAAUUGCAGAAAGGGAUAAGGAAAAGCAGAAAGAAAAGAAGAAACACAGGUUAAUGUCUGAAAUUAAGAAAGAGAAUGGAGAGAUGAAAUUAUUUCAGAAAGGUAUAAAGGAGAAACCAAAAAGCAAUGCAGAAGAUCUACAGAUUAAAAAAGUAAAGAAGAAAAAGAAAAAGAAGCAUAAAGAGUGUGAAAAAAGGAAGCGUCCAAAAAUGUACAGUAAAUCUAUUCAGACCAUCUGCUCGGGAUUAUUUUGUGACACUGAGGAUCAAGAUGCCAAAGGCAUAAUCAAAAAUCAUCUUAAGGAUUUCAAUGGAAAAAAUAUGGAUCCCAAGAAGGACUCUGAGUACAAGAUAUCAGAGAACAGUGAGUUUCCAUUUGUCUCGUUAAAGGAGCCACGGGUUCAGAAUAAACUCAAAAGGUUGGACAUGUUGGAGUUCAAACAGUUCAUUCAUAUUGAGCACCAGCCUAAUGGAGGUGCUUCAGUUAUCCAUGCCUACAGUAAUGAACUCUCCCACUUGUCUCCUGUGGAGAUGGAGAGAUUUGCAGAAGAAUUUGUGGGUCUGGUUUUUAGUGAAAAUGAAAACUGUGCAGCUUACUAUGUAAUGGGAAUUGUUCAUGGGGCAGCUACUUACUUACCUGACUUUUUAGACUACUUUUCAUUUAAUUUUCCCAAUUCGCCAGUGAAAAUGGAGAUUUUGGGAAAGAAAGAUAUAGAGACAACGACUAUGUCAAAUUUUCAUGCUCAGGUAAAAAGAACAUAUUCUCAUGGUACAUACAGAGCUGGCCCAAUGAGACAAAUCAGCUUGGUUGGAGCAGUGGAUGAGGAAGUGGGGGACUAUUUUCCAGAGUUCCUAGAUAUGCUGGAAGAUUCACCUUUCUUAAAAUGUACUUUGCCAUGGGGGACACUUUCUAGUUUGAAAUUAGAGAGUCGUAAAGAUAGUGAUGAUGGUCCUAUUAUGUGGGUACGUCCAGGAGAACAAAUGAUCCCUGUGGCAGACAUGCCAAAGUCACCUUUCAAAAGGAAAAGAACAACCAAUGAAAUAAAAAACCUGCAGUACCUACCUCGUAUUAGUGAACCUCGUGAAAUGCUUUUUGAAGACAGGACACGAGCCCAUGCAGAUCACAUAGGACAAGGGUUUGAACGACAGACUACAGCUGCUGUGGGAGUAUUAAAGGCAGUGCAUUGUGGAGAGUGGCCUCAACAACCUCGUAUAACCAAAGAUGUAAUUUGCUUUCAUGCAGAAGAUUUCUUAGAGGUAGUUCAACGAAUGCAACUAGAUCUGCAUGAACCUCCGCUUUCACAGUGUGUCCAGUGGGUUGAUGAUGCAAAACUUAACCAAUUACGAAGGGAAGGCAUUCGAUAUGCCAGAAUUCAGUUGUAUGAUAACGAUAUUUAUUUUAUUCCAAGGAAUGUUGUGCAUCAGUUUAAGACAGUUUCAGCUGUGUGCAGUUUAGCUUGGCAUGUUCGGCUCAAGCUCUACCACUCAGAGGGAGAAAAUCAAAACAUCUAUGAAGCAGGCCUGCCAACAGAUCCCACAUCUUCUGCUAUAGGACUUCAAACUGACAGUGUAAUCCAUGCAGCGAGUAUAAAUGCCUCUGAAGACACUAAAUUUUCAGGCAUUCUGCAAACUAAAUAUGUCAAACAGGAAUUUUCAUGCACACAUGAACCUGCUGUAUCUUUCCAAAAUAAAGAGGAACCAAUUAUUGUUAAUCUUCCAGAAAAGACAGUAGCACCUAAUGUUAUGGAAUGUCAGAAUGUUAAAGCAAAGCUGGAUCAUGGUCAGUUGACAGGGUCUACGUUUGAAACUGCGUCUGAAUUUGAACCUGAAGACAAAGACUUGCAGGGCAGCUUAGGUCUGGGGGGUCAUGUGAACCUGGAGGAUACCAGACAAAGCAGUUCAGCAUAUUCAAGUCUGCAUGGCAAACAAGAAGAUGACUUUUUGUGUUGAAGUUAGUCUGUGUGUGUAUAUAUAUUUUUAAAUUCAUUUUUAAACAUAAUAAUGUAAAGAUGCUUAAAUUCUGUGAGUCAGGUUUGUUACUUGCCUCACAUCUGUUACAGAAAAUAGUUUAUGUAGCUUUGUAACAUUCCUCAGUGCCUGUCCAUAACUGUGAAAGUAUCAAAGCACUUAGGGCCAGAUGCACUGUAAACACUGCAGGUGUAAAAUAAAGAAGUCUUUAAAUAUGAGUUGUAGGUUUUAGACUAGAGCUGACAUUUAACAUAUAUUUUUUGUAAGAUAAGCCAGAAUUCUUUUUGACAAUUCCAGGCUUUUCCAUAGAGCUUAUUUAUACCAAUUUUUUUUUCUUUUUAACGUGUCAGCACUGUAGUGUAAAUAGCAUUUUUUUAAAAAAUCUUUUUAGUGUGAUUUAUAUUGAAAUGUGAGCCACUUAAUAAAGGUUCAUAAUAACAAUAAUGGGUUUUAUUUUUCAGUCUCUUUUAAAAAAACCCUCAAAACUUCUGAGCUAAUUUUCAAAACACUUAGUUUUGCAAGAAAGUAAUAUUAUUGUAUGAUGAAACAAAAACCUUAGACAUUUACGUUAAAAUGCACAGUUUCACUUUCAAAGUGAAUUUGGAUGAGUAGUUCAUGUGGUGGUUAUACAUGCAAUGAACUUCUCAUCAUCUUAUCUUACAUUGGCAGGUACUUUGCUCACAAUACAAUUAUGAUAAACUUCAGAGAUCCCACUAUUUCCUGGUGUUCCCUACAUGAAGAGAGAUGAGUCAGGAAUCCAAAGGGAAAAAAUUGCACACAUAAUAAAAACAUCAGUUAGAAUGUUUUGGCAUACCAUACAGGGAUACUUGUAUAAUUUUUGAAGGUUCAUUUUGCAACCUGAAAAUUCUGUAACAGCAGACAAGUAUUGAUAGGAGCCCAAAGAUAGAAGGUGACUAGAAUGCGUGACCUACCUGACCUUUGAGGGAACCCAAUCAAGUUUUUGAUUCUCAGCCUUUAGCUGAAACUGCAUGCCUAUUUUUAUGCUUUAAUCCACAACCACAAAGGCCAAAAGAACAACCAUAAACUUGGACUUUGGGGAUUUUGGAGAAAAGCAGUACAUAAUUGAAUACAAUAAUCAAUUUACAUUUUAAAGUACUUGUAUAACUUAAUGCUAAGAAGGCCCCUUGAUUAAAUGUAAGACAGAAUCUUCAUAGGUGCACUUAAAGCACAAUUAUACAUUAGGGCUGUAUUCUAGAGGGUAUUUAAUUUUGUCUUUAGCUCUUGAAUUACUGAAUUGGCUUCUUUGGUAGAUGCAGCCAGUUGAGUUUGCCCAGCCCAUUGGAAAGCAUGGCCACUGCUGCUGGAACUGCUAAGCCUCAUAGGUUUUGAAAGGAGUUAACACGCAGAAUGCUUAAUUACAGCAAAGGUUUAACAGCCCACAACAUCUUCCCCUUUCAGCUUUAAAAACAUAAACACACUUCAAGGCAAGAUGCUGCAAAGAUAGGAGGCCCUUUUUUUAAUCCCCAGUGCAUCUUAGUAAUAUGAACUACAAUUUGGGCUCAACUUGUGCAUUCAGGGAAAAUUGAAGGAAGGGUUGUCGCUCAUACAUUGCAUAUGUAAGAGGUCCCAAAUUUAGUCACCCACAUUUCCAGUUAGGGCUGGGAAAGACUUACCUGAACCCUUGGAAAGCUGCUGCCAGUCUGUAGAUAGCUGUGACCUAGAUGGACAAGUGUUGGGGUAUAAUACAGUUCCCUAUUAUCUUACAAGGUACAGCUUUUUUUGGAUUGUGCCACUUCAAAAUCCAGGUUGAGAUGUAGUCCAUAUUGGGGAGUUAUUGAAGGUUUAAGGAAAGCAUUUUUAGCUUUGCCUUUUCCCAAAUAUUCUACUUUGAUAGGUACAAAGGGUUGUUCACAGGGGGGGGGGCACUGCAGCAUGCAUUUUUCACCUUUAUUCUGAGUGGUACAGUCCUAAAAGCACAGUGCAACAUGGUGGGGAAAGGGAUGUGCAUCUUUUUGAAGUUUUUGAAAGGGAUGCGAUAUUUUUUUUAGUUAACUAAUGGGCUGAACGUGUUACCUCCUUUUUUAAAGCGCUAAAACCUGAGCACUCUUAAACCUCCAAGUUGUUCACCUCAAACUAAGCAGUAAUUGGCUAUGACUAGCUUUUGUUUACCACCUGAGAUGUUGCCCUAUGUAUCUUCCUUUCAGCUAGAUGCUCUCUACCUGAGCAUAAUUGGGUAUAAAGUACCUUUUCCUAUGAGAUGGAUAAUAAGGCCUGCUCGCUCCCAAAACCCAAAUCUCUAAAUCUUGAGUGGACACCAGUUCCAGUCUCCUCAACUUACUCUCUACCAGUUAUUACAUCCUCUCUUUGGCAUUCUAUCCUGUAUACAUUGAAACUUACUUGAGGACUCAAGUUGGAAUAAAUAUAGCUUGCAAUAAUGGAGUUGGGAGUUUAAUAUAGGAGGCAGGAUUCCCCCCUCCCCCCAACAAACCCAAAUGUACAAAUUAACAAUAGCCAGUCAAUUUAAGCUGUUACACCAUUUUGUGUGAUUUGUCCUUUUCCAUGAAUGUUAACAUAUAAAUUGGCUCAGAACCUGAUGGUUUUUAAGUUGUACAAAUGUAAUUCACCUACAUCUGGCCCUAUACCAUUUUCCAGGCAGAAAUAAGUAGAGGUUUUAAACUCAAGGUUCAUACUUGCAUCAAGAAAUGUCACUAUUAGGUUGCUAACUGGUAAGACAGAUACAGAUGAUUGUAAGAAUCAUUAAGGCUUCCAUACUAUGUACGUGUGCCUGAGAAUAGGUCUAAAUUAACUCAGUGGGGGCUUCUGAGUAAAUAUUUGUAAGAUUGUGCUGCCAGAGCAAGUUCUCAGACUUCCAAGUUUUUCAUAGAAUGAAACAGCGUAAGAUGGAGACAUACCGAAUUGCUAGUAUAUCCUGAGGAGAGGGCCUGACUCAGUCACCAGUUCUUACUAAUACAUUAUCGUCUUAACUCACUACUCUCAGUCACACUUCUUUAGUGCCUACUGUAGCAAGAGACCUCUAUUGGUAAAUAUAGUUGGUGCACCAUCAAAACAAAAAUAAAAUAACAAAUGCUCUAACUUAA